UUUCAUGAUAUUGAUUUUUUCUUCACGAAUAACGUGAACAUCAUUCAAGUUUUCGAUUUAGACGAACUGAUGAUCAUCGCAGAUGCAUGUUGUCGUCACAAUUUGGUUUGCGUUUCGGACGAGGUUUACGAGUGGCUUGUCUUCCCUCCAAAGCAGCACCACAAAAUCGCAUCUCUUCCGGGAAUGUGGUCUCGUACGCUGACCAUCGGAAGUGCCGGUAAAACAUUCAGUGUCACCGGAUGGAAACUAGGUUGGACUGUGGGACCAGCUAAUUUGAUUCACGGAAUGCAACUGCAUCAACAGAACACAGUUUAUACCUGCCCAACACCAAUUCAGGAAGCCACAGCACGAAGUCUUGAAAUCGAGCUCCCAUUACUGUCAACACCCGAGUCAUAUUUUGAGGAAAUGCGCCGAACCAUUGAACCGAAAGGACGGAAAAUGGUAGAACGACUUAACAAAAUUGGAAUGUCAGCUGUUCGACCCACUGGUGGCUAUUUUUUAUUCGCAGAUGUUUCGAAAAUGCGUGAGUAUUUUACCGUCCUAACUGUCAUCUAA